CCCGUGGCCGCCCCCAUCGCUGACGACGCGGUCGCCGCCUCGGGCCGCGGGCGUACCGAGGGCGCCCUGCCCACGCCGGAGGCCCCACCGGCCGCCACCAACGGCGGCGACGACUGCCCGGUGGCGGUGGCGUCCCGCAGCGAUGGCGCCGACGUGACGGAUGCCAGCAGCGGCCCCUGCGGCGCCGAGGGCCGCGCCGCGUGGCAGCCGACCAGCUUCAUGGGCAAGGCCGCGUACUCGGGCGGCAUUGUGCUGACCACGGGCGUGGUGAUCGGCGCCCUGGCGGGAGUCGUCCUGGGCGGCGCUGCGGGUGUCGUUGCCGUGGGCGGCUGCCGCGCCACCGCCGGCUGGGUGCGCGCGGCGUGGCUGCGCGCGGAGUCGGGGUUUUACGGCCCCAAGUACAGGGAGAUGCAGGCCGUCCUGCGGGAGGCAGAGGAGAUGGACAGGCAGGAGCGCCAGCUGCUGCACGGCUGCAUGUAA